GGCAGCGCCCAGUUUGUGGAAGUGUCGCGGAAUGUAUUGACUAAAAAAACUACACAACUACUACACAAAUACAAGGGCGAUCAAUAAUAUUUAAAAAACUAUUUUGGUGAGAAAUAAAAAAUAUGGCAACGGCCCAACCUGGAGCUGAGUCUGGCUACAGAUGGGAGACCAUCACAAACCUCCUCAAUAAACGUGUCUUCCUGUCCGCCAUAGCAGUCGACGGUCAACUCUACAUCGUUGGAGGGUCAGAUUCACAAGGCAAAGGAACGGACGACUUCCACUGUUUCAACCCAAAGAACAAGAAAUGGUCUCGUCUGUGUAACAUCCCCACGGGGAGGGCGGGGACCAGCCUGGUUGCCGUGGGGACAACGAUAUUUGCAAUCGGCGGCGUUGGGGUGGAUGCUUUCCCCACAGAUGCUGUGGAAUCAUUUGAUGUGAGCAAUAAGAAAGGACAGUGGAAUAAAGACAUUAAACCUCUAGCUGAUCGGAUACAGGGUCUCUCUGCAGUCGUGCACAAUGGCAAGAUCUUGGUAGCGGGAGGUAUGAAGCCAGACUCCACACCUUGUGAGAGGUGUGCUGUUCUUGACGCAGAGAAAAACAUCUGGCUGAGCUUACCUGAUCUACCCACACCAAGAUAUGCAGCAGGAACGUUCCUUAAGGGCGACAAGUUGUACCUAGUAGGAGGGAGAAUCGCCAAAAUAGUCUGUCCAGCAGUGGAGGUAUUGGACAUCGUUGAGAGGAAGUGGACGUCACUUCAACCCAUCCCAACCAAGCGGGUCUUUCCAUGUGCAGUGGCUACUAAUAGACAUAUCUACUGCAUUGGUGGACUGAAAGAGAACCCCAAGGAUGGGUUCUUCAAAGUCGUGGAGGAGUAUGACAUUGAGAAAGAUGAAUGGACUGAAAUUGAGUCAAUGCAGUAUGAGCGAGGUGACUUCAAUGCAGCUGUUAUUGGUGGCAAGCUGGUCGUACUAGGCGGCAUGGGACACUCAAAGGAACCUCAUCGGAUCGGAGAGGUUUUAGACCCAGAGACCAAGACCUGGACCUCUCUUCCCCCAAGCCCAACCUCAAGAAGCUCCUCAACAAGCGCCGUUCUGGACGGGAAGCUCUACAUCAUGGGUGGUAUGACCCCGAACGGUCUGACGUUAGCCGCAGACGUCCUUAGUGUGAAAGACCAAGGUGCAAGUAAAACGCCGAACACUAAGAGAAACGCUGGCAAGAAGCGCUGAUGACAGAGUCGGUCUGAACAAAUAAUGCAAUCAAUUGGAUUAUGAUAUAAAUAAGUAGUGCGCAUUUUGAGAUUUUAUGCGGUGAUGUUUUUUAACAACAUCGAUGUGGUGGACUGGGACGUCAAGUAUUCUGUCAUGUGUUUCACUACAGUAGGCUGUGUAAGUCUCAUGCAUACUUUGACAUAGAAGUGUGCAUAAGUUCAAAACAUGUGCUGGUGGAAGCUGAGGUUGAAGUGAUUGAAGGUAUAACUGAAACAGUUAGGGAGACAGUAACAAGCUUUCUGAUAAUUAUUUUGGUGCCUUGUUCUACCAACUGGGCUGUCUAGCCCUAAUGUUGGUGGUCUUCCUGUUCUGUCAAUAUCUUUGAUGGGGGUGCCAGUUUGUUUGUUUGU